ACUCCUCACCACCAUUAUUCUACUCGUGAGGCUGGAGCACCUAUAAGCCUCACCUGCCCAUCAUCAUCACCAUCAUGACGGAAAGCGCUGCCUCAGGUUCAUCCUCCGCAGUUCUUUCUCCCAACGAGCAGCUCCUCGCAGCCGCCUCCGCCGGCGAUCUCCUGACGAUCAAAUCCCUUCUGACCACCCCUCCCUCCGACUCCGAUCCCUCCUCUUCUUCCACUACCCCCUCCGCACUUGCUCAACCAUGGUAUGAAUCACCAAUUUGCCUCGGAUGGUCAGCCCUCCAUUUUGCAGCAGAACGAGGUCACACACACGUCAUCAAGUAUCUGCUGAGGAAUGGCGCAAUCUGGAAUGCAGUGGAUAUUCAUGGUGUGACGGCUGGGGAGGUGGCUUGGAGUGGGAACUGGGAAGGAGCUUAUAGGGCCUUGUUGGAUGAGGGAGUACGGCAGACACUGCUCCUGAAUGCCCUAGCAGAACGAGCUGAGGAGCAGGCCAGUCAAUCGGGAGAAGGCGAGGAAGGUGAAGAAGCCGAGGCGGCGGGAAGCGAUGUCAAGGAAGCAUCUGGCGACGCUGGCGGCUCCGUCGCUCACAGCGGCGAAGAUUCCGAUACGGUCAUGACUCUGACCGCUCCUGCAAAUGAGCUCGCCAAUUCCAACCUCGCCUUUCUCUCCUCGCCCCUCCGCUUCUUCACCGACGAAAAGGGUAAAGAGCGCUGUCUAGACCAGGACGACAACAUGGUCAUGGCAGGCUGGGAGACCAACAUCAUGCGACGCUCGGCCGAUGCGCUGUGUAAAGACUUCCCACCCCGGUACGAGGUGCACGAUGAAGACGGCGAGCGCAGGACCGAGGGGUUCCGCGUCCUCAACAUCGGCUACGGUCUGGGAAUCGUCGAUGACUUUUUCCAGGAGUACAAGCCUGCCCGGCAUGUCAUCGUCGAGCCUCACCCAGACGCAAUCAAGUACUUCAAGUCGAAAGCCAUCUCCAAGGCAGAAGGGGUGGAGCUGAUACCCAAGCGCUGGGAGGAUGCGCUGCUCGACCCGGAGCUGGGCGAGUUUGAUGUAGUGUAUGCCGACCCCUUUGCGCAGGACUACCGCGAUCUAAAGAAGCUCUUCGACCUGUUGCCUAAUGUACUCAAUGGACGCAAGGCUAGAUUCAGCUUCUUCCACGGCUUGGCCGGGACAAAUCGCUUCUUCUACGACGUCUAUACUCGCCUCUCCGAGCUGGACCUGCGGGAUGUGGGCAUGGAGACCGAAUGGGAGACGGUACCCGUCAAGAUGGAAGACAAAGAGGAAGUCUGGAGGGGUGUGAGAAGGGAGUAUUGGAAGCUGGACCAGUACCGGCUCCCCAUUUGUCAGAUGUCCAUCUUCUAGGCUGCUUAUGAGGGGAAGUCUGCUCGUGAAGAAUGGCAUUGGCGAGUGCGAUCAUGACCAAUAUGCGUGCGGAUACUGUCUCCGUCUGAAGCUAGAAGAUCUCGUCCAGCGUCAAUUGCCUGGCAAUAUCUGUGGCUGCCACUUGAUCUGUGAACUCUUGGAACGAGAGCUUGCCGUCACCAUCCUUGUCUGCCUCCAUAAUCGUCUUGUCAACAAUCUGCUGCAAUUGCUGAUCUUUGAGAUUGUUCCCCACCAUCAUCUUCAACACCAAGAAGAGCUCUCCAUUACUGAUCAAUCCGUCCCGAUCCAUAUCAUAC